AUGUCCCGCAGGCAGGCGGCCAAGGCGCGGCCCGGCGGCGGGGGCAAGAAGGCGGAGAUGGAGCGGAAGCGGGACGAGCGGGCGGCCCGCCGGGCGCUGGCCAAGGAGCGCAGGAACCGGGCCCCCCCGGAGGGCGGCGGCGCCGCGGCCCAGGAGUUCGUUAGCUUCGGCAACCAGCUGCAGGCGCUGGGCCUCAAGCUGCGCGAGGUGCCGGGCGACGGCAACUGUUUGUUCCGGGCCCUUGGUGACCAGCUGGAGGGGCACUCCAGAAACCACCUCAAAUACCGCCAGGAAACAGUGGAUUACAUGAUAAAGCAGAGGGAGGAUUUUGAACCUUUUGUGGAGGAUGAUGUUCCCUUUGAGAGACAUGUUACCAAUUUGGCGAAGCCUGGUACAUUUGCUGGCAAUGAUGCUAUUGUGGCAUUUGCAAGGAACAAUCAAAUGAAUGUGGUUAUUCAUCAGCUCAAUGCCCCUCUGUGGCAGAUUCGAGGCACGGAUAAAAGCAACGCAAGGGAACUGCACAUCGCCUAUCGGUAUGGAGAGCACUAUGAUAGCGUGCGGAGAAUAAAUGACAACUCUGAAGCCCCCGCACAUCUUCAAACAGAGAUGCUGUGUAAAAAUGAAUCUAAUAAGAGGGAGAAAAUCAGGCCACAGAAGGCCGAAUCUGAAGAGGAGUUAGAGGAUGAAGUGGAAGAUGCUGUACAAAAAGUCUGUAAUGCAACUGGGUGUUCGGAUGUUGAUUUAAUCAUCCAAAUUCUGGAAGUGAAGAACUACGAUAUUGACUCUGCAAUAUUUGGCAUUCUCCAAGUGAAUGAAGUGAAAAGAAUCUAUUCUGAAGAGGAAUGCGAGACCCAGGCCAAAGGUCAGAAGUCACAGAGCUCAGCCUUGUGGAAGGAGAAUGGAAGUGGCACCAGAAUAUUUGGAAAUCAGGGGUUGCAUCAGGAUGGAACAAAAAACAACGAGACACAGGCUAGUCCAGAUGAAGAGAAUCAAACCAACAAAAAACAUUUCCCAAAGGUAUCCAAUAAACAAAGGAAGGAGCAGCAGCGGCUAGAGAAGAAGAAGCGGCAGGAAGAAAGGCACCGGCAGAAAGUCCUGGCCAACAGGAGUAACAAUGCAGACAACAACAGGAGUGAGACGGACUCGGAUACGCAAGUCACCCUGGUGAAGACCCUUGCAGCUCUGAACAUAUGACUGAUAGUACUGUGGGUUCUUUGAUGGAAUACGUGAAUGGCAAAUAAGACUGAUCAGGAAGGGCACUGAGCUUUCAGACAAAGCCAUCUUCAAAGCAGAUUCCCCAGCACCCCUCUAUUUUUAAACAUUGUUUCCGUGGGGUUCUCUUAGCAUAUGCUGCGUUGUCUUUGGUUCUCCAGCUGUGGGAAGAACAACUCUUCAGUAACACUAAAGAGCAUCAGCCAGGCUUGUGAGAGAUGGGCAAUCAAGGUUAAGCAAAGUGAAAAUGUCGACACUUGUUUUUACUAUUCCUGAAACGGAGUCUAUUCAACCUUGAUCCAUCACCCAACACACCUUGUGUGAAUUUUGCUUGGAGAUCUCACAAUAUUACUUAAGUUAACUCUGACUACAUUUUACAAAGCUCAAGCAUGGAAGAGCUGUUAUUUUAAAUUACUGCGCAGGAACAUUUUAACUGCUCCCAACUCAGGAACUUUUCUUUCUCUAUUUAAAUUAAAAUAGAUUAGGACAAAAUUCCCAAAUCCCUUUCAAAGCUAAUCAGCCAAAUGCUAUACCAGACAUGUUAGAUUUCUUUCCCUCCCCACUCGUAACUCGAUAGCAAAUUAUAGUCCAGAUAGAGCUGCUCGUGCUUUUGUUGCACUAAGCCAGAUGCUAAAUGCUGCUAACUAUUAGAGGAGAUGGGAAAAUGCAGGGAGAUGGGGAUGGUUGGGUCUAUGCUUGUGUGUUUUGCACAGGGAGGGUGAACUCUUAAGUCUGGAGAUGCUCUGAUCUGCUGGCAACUGAGUUCCCCUUCUGACAAUGCUGCUCCAAUAAUAGCAGGGGGAUGCCAAUGUAUUCCCUAUGUUGCCGAGUGGAUUCACCCAAUCUGGUGAGGUUUAAGAAAAUCUUUUACCAUAAGCAGGUGUAAGAUUGCUAUUGUAUAGUAACAAAGAUGUGCUGGUGUUUGGACCAUCCUCGAUCUUGCUCCUGAGCAUUCAGCGCUAGAGUCCAAAAUAGGGCCAAACUCCAUAGUUCUUAAUUUGAUGGGUUGGAGCACUGGACAUCACUUAAGUGUUUGGACCUGCAUCAAGAGUUAAGUUUAAAAAGUGAAGGAUUGGGAGGGGGCGGGAAAAGCCCCUUACUCAGAAUAAAGUCUAAGCAGAAUGUUUGACUGAGAUGAGCUUUGAAAAGUGAUCCUAGGUGUCUUAAUCAUCCUACAUGGGUACAGAACAUGUAUAGAUGUGAAACAUACACGUGUCCUUUUAGCUUAAUUGCCAAAUCUCUUACGUGGUUCUCGGUUUCCUCUUACUGUAUAUUAGUAACAUUUGAAGCACUAGAAGAAAUGGUGCUCUGUUUGGUAUGCCAGCAAUAUUAAAGGUUGCAGUAGAAAAGUAAAACUGAACUCUGACCUUAGAGUUUAAAAAGCCGCUUGGUGGUAGUGAAUAUAAUGAAAAGUAGCCCUUCUGCUUAGAGAGAUAUGACGCUGCAUCUAACCGGUCAGGAGAUACGUUACUGGCAGAUCAGUCCAAGUUUUGAAGUCAUUGUUCCAACUAGGCUACAGACUCCAGAAGUGAUUACGAACACCUAGCAACUUUGUACUUUGCUGCUCUGAUUGCUAGUGAGGUGGGGGCCCGGGGGGAGGGGGGGGGGAGCUAAAGAGUGAAUCUAACAAAGGGCACGUCACUUAACCAGCAGCAAAUAAAACGUAUUUACAGCAGUGGGGAAAAUGCUUUAGCAAGGUUGUAUCUACAGGUCACUAAGAGGUUGCCUCCUUGCUUAGCCCCACUAUGUUUUGAUAUAGGGAGGAGAGCCUGCUUCUGUAAGUGACUAGACAAAUGUCUGAGCUGAAGUGACGAUGCUGGUUUGUCAGCUGUAUAACUAGGAUUUGGAUUCUUGACAUUCUUUGUGAAUCAUGUAGCUUUUUCUUGAGUCAGAGCUGAUUAGAGGAUUGUUUGUCCAUCCGAUUCUGGAUGAGGAGUAGGGAGGAAGUUGUUUGGAAAGAAAAUAUAGCUUCUACCAUAAGCACAGAAGCUUCCUCCAUCAUUGACCCUGCAAUUCCAACCUUGUUCUUGAAGAGAUUCACUGGGCUGGCUUUUUCAUGCAGUGCUACCAGAUCUUUAGUGGGAGAGGAAGAGUGAUCAUACAUUCAGAUACUUAACUAUGGUACCUGAAACGGAAUAUGCAAUAGAAAAUGCUUUCAUUUGUAAGUGUAAAUGAAUUAAACAAGCUCUUAUUGCACUGGGCUGAUUGUCUUGUUAAAGCACUCAACUUCACUCCAGCAAGCUGUGCCAAGAAAUCCAGCCUGUAGUAGUUGAGGGUCCCAAACUCUCCUGCCCUCUGUGGUACAGACUCUCUGGUCUGGCUGAUGGAAAUUCUCCACCCUUUAAAAUCUAGAAUAUCUCUGACAGAGGGAGUUCUCUGUACUUUGUUCCUCCAGGAACUUCCUUUUGUGCCUGUUGGCUAAACAAGAUUUGGCAGUUGUCCUCUAGGUGGCAGGUUGUGAAUAGCCUUUACAGGGAGAAGAUCAUCAGGAAAAUGAGCAGAGAAUGAGUCUGAUUCAUUCCCUUACAGCUUUUAUUGUCAGGCUCCUUGGUAUGGAGCUAACUGAGCUACAUGGCAUUGGGUGUCUUUGCAGUGGGGUGAUGAGCUCAGCGAUUUUUUCCCUUGCCAUUUUACAUUAGGGUCAGUUCCCACCCAUGUAGCAGACACCAUCUCCAUCCCAAGAAACCUGCUGCUUGAGAAUCCUCUGGUUUUAUCAAGGUGGCUACUUAGUACAAAACUCAUUGGGCUUAAUGCUAGAAGGGGACUUAAAUAGCUCAGGAUAGGCAGUGGUAUAUGGAGACUUCAAACUCUAGAUCUCUCUGGAUGCAGAUACAGCUUUACCAAUGGUAGUUUAGUGGCCUAGGUGAAAUGAAUACGUUUGAGUCCUGCUAGAAAGGUACUAUCAUCAUGGGCACUUUGAGGCCUGAGACCGAAUGAAUAUUGAUUCCUUUGAAGUCUGAGAGGUGCUCCUUCAAGAGAAGUUUAGCAAACAUUGUCAGAAGCUUUUACUGCUACUGCUCCUUGUGAUAUACCUAUUUGGAUAGAGGGUUAGCUCAGCAGGUGGAAACUUGCAUAACUCCACUGACUUUAAUGGAGUUAAAUUGGUAAUGUAAACCAAGCCUAUGUCUGUAUAACUGUUGCUAGGUUAUACUGACCUAACCCCCACUGUAGACCAUGCUAUGGGCUUCUCCCAUCAACAUAGCUACUGCCUCUUGGGGAGGUGGAGUACCUAUGCCAAUGGGGAAACUCUCCUAUCUUCUUUAUGCACUACGGCACUAAGUGUAGACAAGCAAUUAUUGCCAACCUAUGCAGGCUGAGCAUGUGGUCAAUUGUCCUUUAAUGCUACCAGUCCAAUACCUUCCUCCAGUAAACGUAAAGAGAAAAUACCCCCAUAGCAGUUAAACGGCAUUGAAAGUAAAACACUUGGCUGGAGGUUGCACAUUGUAACAAAAGCAGGCUUGGGUUUGAGUAAGUGGCAGGGAGGCUUCCCCUAUCUUUAACUGUGCACUAAUUCUAGUUCCUUUUUGAUGAUACCUUAACCCUCCCUGGAGGGCAUUCAAACCAUCUGUUGACUUACCAAUGGUCUUACCUCAUCUGCAGUGCCUGACUAUUAGAAAAGUCACAUGACCUGUAGCAUUUGCAUCCAUAGUAAUUCUCCAGAUGUCCCUAAUUUCCCUUGGAUUCUGUUGAAACUGAGUAGGGAUCUUCUCUUCUCUCCCUUCCUACUUCAGAGCGCUCUGUGGGGCUCCUGCCCCGUCAAACCAAAUGUCUGUCUCUUAAUUUAAUACUUGGUGCAAUAGAAGCUGCAAAGACGUGCCAUGAACUAGGAGAAUGGAUUUUUGUAUAUUGCUCGUACAGAUUAAAGGCAAAAUUUUCAGAUUACUAAAAACUGGCUUACUUCAUUUUGUUGAGUAAGAAUGUACUAGCCAACACACCCAAGCAAUCUGGUUCUUAUCUGGUCCCCAUUACUGUAGUGUGGGAGUGUUUCAGUGUUCAAUGUAUUUAUCCUCAACACCCAGUGUGGUAGGGCAAUGGUAUCUCCAUUUUAUAGAGGAGGAACAGCGGCCCAGACGUGCUAAGUGACCAGCCCAAUGUGAGGCAAGCAUGAACUGUGCAGCAUCAACUCUAUUCAGAGCUGGUUAGCUCCAUUUUGCCACCCCUUUACACAAUGGUAUUGUGCUGUGAAGAGGGCCAAAUUAACAACCCUUCAGCAGAAAAGCUAAAGCAGGGCACUGAUUGCGUACACUUUCCCAUAGUGACUUAGUUCUAGGGUUACCACCUUUUGUGGCUUAAACUACCCACUAAAAUCUAGGUGGCUUGAAAAUUCUAAGCAUUUCUAGGUGCUAACCUUAAACCAAGUUACUCUUACACUGUAGAUCCAGGAAAUUAUCUGUGGUAAACAUCCAAGAUCUUCCUACAUCUGCACCAGACCUGCUCAAAGACUACCACUAACGAUCAUGGUUUACAAGCCAAUCCAUGAGUUACGUUACUUCAUUCAGUGAAGACACCACUAACCCAUUACCAGUGAUUGUAGGCAGGCCUGCCUUAAGACAGCUAGCUGAAGCUCAAAAUGACUCUUCCCUGAUGUUAAUAAUUUUGAAGGUGCAUAAGAAGCAGGGAAGUGCACCAGGCAAGACCCAGCUCCUCUGAGCAGUAGUGAGAUUGAUGGACCCUGAGUUAUCCCCAAUUUCCAAGAUGAUGUGUAUGGGGAAGUGAUUUAUGCCCUGUAGAUGAAUCCCAGCUGGUAAAAGCAUUGUCACCUUGAAAUCUGGGCAGUUUCAAAGGAGUUUAAUGGAGUGUGCUUGACUGGAUUUCUGUAGUACUCUGGUGGGUUUUUUUAAAUCGUGAGCCUUUUAAAAAUGUGUUUUGUCUGUCGCUGUGCCAAAACCUACAACCAGGUGAAGCUGCCUGGAUACAAAGCACUGCCAAACUUUGUAUCCAGGCAGGACUCCAGUAUAUACUUAGCUGCAGCAUGUGUGUAAUCCCAUCCCUCUUAAGUACUCUGCUGAAUCUGGGCCAUAAAUCCAGCUUGUUUGACUUGCUUUCAUUUAUCCGUUCAUUUAUCCUCUUGUUUUGCUGUGCUGGUGCCUAAACUAAAAGAACUGGAGCCUUCCAUCACGUAUGCAACACUAGAAGGCAGUUCAGGAUGAAUCUGCUCUAGCAAUUGAGCCAUCUAAUCUUUCUCUGUGACAAUUGUUUGCAAUUCCCAUUAAGAUGAAAUUUAAGUACUCACUAGAAUGGGAGGAGCCCCUGUCCCUAAAUUACAAUGGAAAGCGAAAGCCCUUCAGUGGCUCUAGAAGAGUCUGGAGUGUUCAUUAGAAGGAGAAGUGAACAAAUGGUUUAAGGGUAAGUCACCAUGUUCAAUUGAAGGGUAAGUUUGAGGGGAAGGUCGGUAGGAGAUAUAUUAGUAGGUGGGAGGGUCUCUUUAUGCUAACUAGAGGGCAGAGAGGACUGUACUUGCUUGGCUGGUGCACUUGUAGCUUCAUGUUUAUUUAAUUCCUCAGCAUGGAUAUUGGCAAAGUCUGGUCUGCUCUGUACGACUGUGGCCAGGCUUAACAGCAUUAUUAGCCUCUAGUUCACAGAGCUCCUCCACCCACGUUUACUGUAACCACCCCAAAUGCACCUUCGUACCACUUGUUAGCCUUCCUGUGCGCAACUCUGAGCAUGUGGCCCUAGCCUGUGUUCUCUUACUGAUGCAGUGCUGGUGUAGGGGAGAGGGGCUUGCAAAGGCCGUGUGUGUCCUCCCAAUGCUACCCCUCGUUGCGCCUGAUGGCUGCUGGUGCAGAAUGCUGUCAAGCUGCCCACAGCACAGAAUCAGGCAGGCCUACAAUCAGCUAGGCUUGUUCCCAGCCCCCCAACCAGUGGUAAAGAACACAGCAAUCAUGCAAGAUACAACCCUGUGGAAACAACAGAUUGGAAUAGAUGUUCGGAGCUGGGAUCUGCCUGGGAAGGGCCCAGAGGGAUGUUAUCCUGCUAGGCAACACGAGAGGAGCCUUAAGAUUAGGCACAAAACAAGAAUAGAACUAUCAGCAAUAAUAUUAACUACCUCUGCCCCCCAUACACACCUGAUAGAACAACUGCUCAAACUGAGCUGCAAUUAUUUAAUACGACUAGGAGAAGGGCAGUAAGUACAAGCCACUCCCUUCCAUAAGGCCCUUUCCCCUUGACCUCAGGGCAGUCGCUUCCUACCAGGUCUAUUGAGCAGCUUCCUUUCGGCAUGCUGAUCUGCCCCUUGUCGUCUGUAGGGGUGGAGUAACCACGCUGCCACAGUUCUUAUCUCCUGUUCAGAUUUUACCAUGUUCUGGAUCUCGGAACGGUUCAGUAAUACAAAUAGCUCCUCGCUACUGCACUUGUUGGAUCAAAGGAAUCCCGCACAGCUACAGACAGGCUGCCAUGUCCAAAUCCGUUUGAAGCAUCGCUCCUUUCCUGGAGUGGGUUCUACGCCAGCCACACUUACUGCUUCUACUCAGCUGGAUGCUCCAGGUCUGGCUCCAGCUCUCCCACCCACCUGCAGAGUGGUCCCCGCAGUUCAGCAUGAUACACUCAGCGCGGAGAUUGCAUCAGGGGAACUCAUGAGGCAAAAAAUGGUGACCAUAUUCAGCAGGGAUAGUAUGCCAAUGUUUGGAGGCCUGGGUACAAGACCCCUGUAGCUGCUAUUUGUAUUACAGUAGUGGCUGGAUGUCCUACUGAGAUCAGGGUCCCAUUGUACAGCUCCUAACACAAACAUAGAGAGAGAUCAUUCCUGCUCAGAAGAGCUCACAGUCUGAACAGACAAGGCAGAGAAUAGGUGGGAGGGGAAAUGGAGGCCCCAGAUCAUCACAGGUUAUUUAGGUUCUCAACUUCAGUGGAAGUUAGGAACCUAAAUACCUGUGAGCAUUGCGGCAGGAGAGCUGGAAUGAUUUGGCAGCAUAUCCAGGAACAGAACUCAGAUCUCUUUACGCCCCAGUUGAGCACCCUACCCACUGGACCGCACUGUCUCUGGUCUUGGAACCUAUCCGGAUGUCCAGUCUGAUUCACAAUCACUGGGAAUUCAGAUUUCAUGUUUGCUCCAAUUUAACUGAUAUUUAAGCAUGAACUUUGUAUCGUCAUCUACACCAGUGCAAAGUAGGUAUAAAAUGCAACCAAAUGGAAUUAGCGGCUUUUAACGCCCACUUCAUGCUGGUGUAAAUGACAUGAAGACACGCAGGGCAAUGGAGAAUCCAGUCCCAUAUGUCUUUUCACCUCUCUUCAUAAGACAGUCCCUCCAACCCCUUCAUGACUCUUAAUUCCCUUCAGUCUUUCUAUGUCUCUAGGUUCUCAGAAGUGAAUGCAGUUUUCUAGGCGGUAUUUAAUCAGGGUCAUUCAGAGAGGGCUCCUCACUGGUACAAUACUAAUCAUGAGAAUCCAAGAAAACAAAAAACAAAAA